AUGAUCUCGAAAGUACUUGUCGUUUCUUCCCUUCUAGCAGCAGCCCGCGCACAGCAGGUUGGUACUAAUACCGCGGAGACUCACCCUGCCCUCACGGUCAGUCAAUGUACAGCCAGUGGUUGUACUACUUCUAGCCAGUCUAUUGUCAUCGACGCCAACUGGAGAUGGCUCCAUACGACGACCGGUUACACCAAUUGCUACACAGGCAAUACUUGGGAUACCUCCAUCUGUCCUGAUGGAGUAAAAUGCGCUGCAAACUGUGCUUUGGAUGGUGCGGACUAUUCCGGAACUUACGGCAUCACUACAAGUGGCAAUUCGCUCAAGCUCAACUUCGUGACCAAGGGUGCGAACACCAAUAUUGGCUCGCGCACCUAUCUGAUGGCCGCUGGCUCGACGACGCAGUAUCAAAUGCUUAAGCUUUUGAAUCAAGAAUUCACAUUUGAUGUAGACGUUUCAAACCUUCCCUGCGGUCUUAACGGCGCCUUGUAUUUUUCUGAAAUGGAUGCCGAUGGAGGAUUGUCCCGCUUCCCAACAAACAAGGCCGGUGCCAAAUACGGCACAGGCUACUGUGAUGCCCAAUGCCCACAAGAUAUCAAAUUCAUCAAUGGUGUGGCGAAUUCCGUGGGCUGGACUCCAUCUACCAAUGAUUCUAACGCUGGCGGUGGAAAAUAUGGCUCGUGCUGUACAGAAAUGGAUAUUUGGGAGGCCAACAAGAUUUCUGCCGCCUAUACCCCUCACCCAUGCUCCGUUGACCAACAAACUCGUUGCAGCGGAACAGAUUGUGGCAUUGGAGCAAGAUACUCUUCUAUUUGUGAUGCUGACGGCUGUGACUUCAACUCAUACCGCAUGGGUGACACCUCCUUCUACGGUGCAGGCUUGAAGGUAGACACCAACAAAGUUGUGACCGUGGUAACCCAAUUCAUCACCAACACCGGAACAAGUUCAGGCACUUUGAGCGAAAUUCGACGAUUCUAUGUUCAAAACGGCGUAGUCAUCCCGAACUCUCAAUCUAAGAGUACUGGAGUCACUGGAAAUUCCAUUACCGAUUCUUUCUGUGCUGCACAAAAGACUGCAUUUGGCGACACCAAUGAGUUCGCAAAGAAGGGGGGUCUUGCCGCGAUGAGCAAAGCCUUGGCAAAGGGAAUGGUGCUUGUUAUGUCCAUCUGGGACGAUCAUACCGCCAAUAUGUCGUGGCUCGACGCUCCCUACCCAGCAACUAAGUCUCCAAGUGCCCCCGGUGUCAGUCGAGGAGCGUGCAGUGCCACCUCAGGUUCUCCCCCUGAUGUCGAGGCCAACUCUCCGGGCGCCUCUGUCACGUACUCCAACAUCAAAUGGGGCCCCAUCAACUCUACCUACACUGGAGGUGGUACUGGAACAACCCCAGGUUCUUCGAGCACAGCGCCAGUCUCUUCUCCAACUUCAGGAACUGGCGUUGCCAAGUAUGGCCAGUGCGGAGGUACUGGAUACAGCGGAUCAACCACUUGCAUCUCAAGCACUUGCACCGUCGUGAACUCUUUCUACUCUCAAUGCUUGUAG